ACACGCUAACUGAGCCCUUCCGCCGGAAGUCGUCGCGCCGGUGGGCGGGGCUUGUUGUGCCACGUUGAUGGACAGCAGUGGGGACGUGGAAGUGUGUCUGGAAGCCCGACAAGAGAAGGAGAUAUACUGCAAGUGUCAAUUGGUAGAUCUUCCCAUUGGGCUAAACAGUCUACUGAACAGAGCAAACCUUUGCCUUACCUGGACAUCCACUGAUGAAGCUGAAAGAAAUUAAGCGAACCGCUCUCCAGGCCUGGAGUCCAGCACAGCAGCACCCCAUCUAUCUGGCAGCAGGUACGUCGGCCCAGCAGCUCGAUGCCACCUUCAGCACCAAUGCGUCUCUGGAGAUCUUUGAGCUGGAUCUGUCGGAUCCCACUUUAGCCAUGAAGUCAUGCGGCUCUUUCUCCUCUCCACACAGAUACCACAAACUAGUCUGGGGUGCACAUGGCAUUGAAGACCAGAGUUUGCCAUCAGGUGUCCUCAUCGCCGGAGGAGAGAACGGCAACAUCAUCCUCUAUGACGCCUCCAAAAUCAUUGCUGGAGACAGUGAAGUGAUCAUUUCCCAGAGCGAGAAACACACGGGACCAGUAAGAGCUCUCGACGUCAACUCGUUUCAGACAAACCUUGUGGCCUCUGGGGGAAAUGAAUCAGAAAUCUACAUUUGGGAUUUGAACAACUUGAGCUCCCCAAUGACGCCAGGACCCAAAACUCAGCCCCUAGAGGACAUCAGCUGCGUUGCGUGGAACAGACAGGUGCAGCACAUCCUGGCCUCGGCCAGUCCCAGCGGAAAAGCUUCGGUCUGGGAUCUGAGAAAGAACGACCUGAUCAUCAAAGUCAGCGAUCACAGCAACAGGAUGCAUUGUUCUGGUCUGGCCUGGAACCCGGAGGUGGCCACUCAGCUGGUUCUGGCGUCUGAAGAUGACCGAAUGCCCGUCAUCCAAAUGUGGGACCUGCGCUUUGCCACCUCCCCUCUCAAAGUGCUGGAGAGCCACACAAGAGGUGUCUUGGCCAUAGCCUGGAGUGAAGCUGAUCCAGAGCUGCUCCUGAGCUGUGGGAAAGAUAACCGGAUCCUGUGCUGGAACCCCAACACGGCUGAGGUCCUGUAUGAGCUGCCUACCAGUACUCAGUGGUGUUUUGACAUCCAGUGGUGCCCCAGAAACCCAGCUGUGCUGUCUGCUGCUGCCUUUGAUGGCAAUAUCAGCAUCUACUCCAUCAUGGGAGGAAGCAAUGACGACGCCAUUACUUUACAGGCCGAACAGUUAAGUAGUUCAUUUGGAAAUAUGGAUCCUUUUGGUACGGGCAAGACGCUGCCGCCUUUACAGCUGCCUCAGACCGCUCCGUCCCAGAGCACCAUCACGCCUCUCAAGAAACCCCCCAAAUGGAUCCGAAGACCAGUUGGAGCGUCUUUCGCUUUUGGUGGAAAACUGGUCACUUUGGACAACAUCAAGCCAGCGGCCCAGCAGCCCCAGCAGACUGCUGCCCAUGUGGUUCAUAUCAGUCAGGUUGUGACAGAAACAGAUUUCCUUGAUCGAUCGAACCAACUUCAGGCGACGCUCACUGCAGGAAAUUUCCUUGAGUACUGCCAAAACAAGACUGAAGCUGCUCAGAGUGAAUUUGAGAAGACCAUCUGGUCUUUUCUGAAGGUGAACUUUGAAGAAGAUGCACGAGGGAAAUAUCUGGAGCUUUUGGGAUACAAGAAGGAAGAGCUCGCCCUAAAGAUUGCAUCAGCGUUAGAAAAGAACUGCGAAUCUGAUGAGGCCGAUGUGCUUUCACUCAUACCUCACCAUCAUCCCACUCCUGCUCCCGUGUCGAACCCUGUGCCUGACCCUGUUUCUAAGCCUCAAUUAGUCCUUGAAUCUGAAGCCAUUGCUGUGCCGGCUCAGCCUCAGCUCGAGCCAAAAUAUGCAAGUCCUCCAAAGCUUGAUCAAAACCUUCAGUCUGUGAAUGAACCUUUGCAUGAGCCCACAAUUAUCCUCUUCCUUCAUCCAGAAUCUGAUGUGAUGCCACCUUGUGGCUCUCAGCUGCCGGCUGCUCUUGGCCUUUCUUCGGAUAUCUUGCCUCCAAUAAAAAACCACGAGCUGACUGAUCUUCUGAAAGCCAGUGAUUUCCGGCCUGUGCUAGAUGUUGAGGAGGUUUCUGCUAGUGGUGACCCAAAUAAAUCCAGGGCUGAAGAGGAGACGCCCGCGGAGGAGGUCGAGAAGAAAAGCCCUGCAGAAGAGGAAACCGAGCCGCCUGCCACCGAGACGUCUGACCUAGAUGAGGUUCCUUUUGAAGAUGAAGAACCUGCUGUUGAGGAGACGUCCAACACAGAAGUGACUCCAGCUCCUGCGUCAGACGCCAUUAACCUCAAAGUUAGCCAGGAUAUUGAUGGGCUGAUCACACAAGCUCUGCUGACUGGCGAUUACGAAGCUGCUGUUAACCUCUGUCUGCAUGAUAACCGAAUGGCUGACGGCAUCAUCCUGGCUAUUGCUGGAGGUCCCGAGCUUCUGGCAAAGACUCAGAAGAAAUACUUCACCAAAACACAGAGCAAAAUCUCCAAGCCAGAAUCUGAUGUGAUGCCACCUUGUGGCUCUCAGCUGCCGGCUGCUCUUGGCCUUUCUUCGGAUAUCUUGCCUCCAAUAAAAAACCACGAGCUGACUGAUCUUCUGAAAGCCAGUGAUUUCCGGCCUGUGCUAGAUGUUGAGGAGGUUUCUGCUAGUGGUGACCCAAAUAAAUCCAGGGCUGAAGAGGAGACGCCCGCGGAGGAGGUCGAGAAGAAAAGCCCUGCAGAAGAGGAAACCGAGCCGCCUGCCACCGAGACGUCUGACCUAGAUGAGGUUCCUUUUGAAGAUGAAGAACCUGCUGUUGAGGAGACGUCCAACACAGAAGUGACUCCAGCUCCUGCGUCAGACGCCAUUAACCUCAAAGUUAGCCAGGAUAUUGAUGGGCUGAUCACACAAGCUCUGCUGACUGGCGAUUACGAAGCUGCUGUUAACCUCUGUCUGCAUGAUAACCGAAUGGCUGACGGCAUCAUCCUGGCUAUUGCUGGAGGUCUGCUGGGCUCCAGGCUGGAUGCUACUGAGGACACGGCGCUGCAGGCUCAGGCCUGUCUCUGCUACAUCUGCGCAGGCACAGUAGAGCAGCUGGUGGCCUACUGGGCCAAAGCUCAGGACUCCAGCAGCCCGCUGGCACUGCAGGAGCUGGUUGAGAAGGUGGUGGUUCUGCAGAGAGCUGUGCUGAGGGCUCAGGGGGGUGUUUCUCCUGAUAUGGGUGCACUGCUGGCAGUGAAGAUGAAUCAGUACGCCAGUCUGCUGGCAUCACAGGGCAGCUUACAGACGGCCAUAUCUUACCUGCCCACCAACACUCAGCAGGUUGCUGUGCAGCAGUUGCGUGAUCGUCUGAGCAGAGCUCUGGGUCAGCAGCAGCAUGCAGUGACUGGGAUGCAGGACAUGCGCCAGACGCUUCCCGCCGCUGCACCAGUGCAGACAUACACACAACCUCCACAGGUCCCCGCUGCACCUCCUCAGUAUUACCAGCAGGGUAGAUCCGCCUCUACUGUCACGUCCUGGAGUAACCAAACCCCUACAGCUCUGCCCAGUGUCCCUCACCCGCUGGUGCCUGCCGCUGACCCGCAGGUGGAGUCCACAGCUCCAGCCUUUGGCCUUCAGUCUCCAGUGAGUGCGUCCGUUCCUGCCUCCGCUGCGUUCAUGUUCUCCCAGCAGUACCAGAACUAUCCUCAGGUUCAGCAGUUCAUGCCUGCCGCCGGGACUCCUGGCAUCUAUCAGCCUCUUCAGUACUCUUCGUCUCUGGCCUCUCCUCUUCCUCCUCCACCCUCUGCUGCUGCUGUCUAUCCUCCACAGUUCAUGCACCCUGCCUCCUCUCAGCCAGCAGCUCCUCCUGUGAUUUCUGGGCCUCCUCAGGGAGGUCAGCCUUUCUCUCCUCCUCCUCCUCUCUCUUCUGGCAUGUCUUUCCAGCACGGUGGGCCGGGGUCGCCCACGGCUUAUCUUCCUCCUCCGGUCGCCAGAGCUCCAGGUAUUCAGACUGAACCCGCACUGUUUCCAUUCUCCCAGAGAACAGGAGGAUUAAAUCAAGACUCGGCCUGGUCUAUGGAAGGACCUCAGAACGGCUGGAACGAUCCUCCCGCACUCAACAGAGCUCCCAAAAAGAAGAAGGUUCCAGAAAACUUCACUCCACCAGCCCCCAUUACAGCACCCAUCAUGACCCCUCUAGGAGACCCUCAGGUACCUGCUGUCCAAACCAUGCAGACCCUUCAGCUGCAACAACAGGGUCCAGAUCAGCCUGUGGGCCCAGCCACCUUCAGCCCCAUCCAGCAGCAGCCACUGGGACCCCUGGGCAGAAACCCCAGCAUGCCUCAGGGCAACAUGGAAGGGGCGCCUGGAGCACCAAUUGGAGACGUCAUAAAGCCACUUCAGUCCAUACCGUCUGAGAAGAUCACCAAAAAGCCAAUCCCUGAGGAGCACAUGGUUCUGAAGACCACUUUUGAGGGACUGAUCCAGAAAUGCUUGGCUGCUGCUUCAGACCCGCAAACCAAGAGGAAGCUGGAUGAUGCUCAUAAGAGGCUCGAGUAUCUCUAUGACAAGCUGAGAGAGCAAACCCUGUCUCCAGCUAUCGUCGGUGGUCUGCACAGUAUGGCCCGCAGCAUCGAGUGCCGCUGCUACACCGACGGACUCAACAUCCACACACACAUCGUGAGCAGCAGCAACUUCAGCGAGACGUCUGCCUUCAUGCCUGUCCUGAAGGUGGUGCUGACGCAGGCCAACAAACUGGCUGUUUGAUAUCCACCGUCUGUAACACACACACACACACACACACCAACAAGUAUUCUCAACCCCUCAAGCCAGCUUUCCAGGACCAUGUGCAUAUACUUUGCCAGUCUUAACCCAUCUGGUUUACAGCGAUGUUUAUGUUUUUGUCACAUUGGUAUUACAUAUUUGUAAUCAUGGCAGAGCAGAGUGCAAUAGGGCUUUCCCCUUUUAUGUCUCCAGUUUUAAUGGUAAAUUAGCUUCAUGAAAUGCUUGUUUUAUGCUUUAGUGAAGAAUAGCGGCAAGCUAAUCGUGUCCAGUGCACCGGGCAUCAUUCUUGAUUUAUGCUAUUCAUUUGGCAUUAUUAUUUAGAUUAAGAUAUCUGAUGUUUACGAUUAUCGCAGCUCCUCUGCAUUUCAAUUUAUUUUCUGGGAAUCUUCUUUGAUUUACGUUACGGCAUCAUUUCUGCAGAUGAAGUUUGGAUAUGGAAAUAAGGUAGCAUGAUAAAAUGGUUACAAUGGAUUUUUAUUUGAACCGUUUCUUUGAUUUAGGAUUUGGCAUUCAUGCAAUUGGAAAUUUACGAUUAAAUCUUGACUUUUGUUUGUUUCAUAAUUAUGCAGACUGUCUUUAUUGUACAUGUUUUAGACAUCUUUUCAGAUAAUGGUAAUGGGAUUCUGCUUCUGAAACAAAGGGGGAAACAGAAACCGGAUCCGAUGUGUAAAAAAGAAGGUCAGGCUACAAUAAAGGGAAUGUUAGUUUUAUAAUAUUUUUUUUUUUUAAUCGCAGUCUCCGCCAGCUAUCAUUCUGUUAGUAAGUCUAUUUUGAGCAAUUUUGCUUAUGGCUGCACAAAAGUUUGGAGGCUUGCUCUAAAACUUUUUUUUAUGCAAUAUGUGUACUGUCUCAAUUAUUAAGAUUGUACUGUAAAUCUGAUGAUGACUCUUUUAUUAAAAACUAAUUGA